AUGCUUACUGGCCUUACAAGCUUAUUGGAAUUAUCUCAUGGAACAAUUAUCCAGGCACCAGUUCAUCAGUACUUGGGAAUAUUGGACUUAUUUGAUGCUGGCCAUCUUAUUAAUUCCUAUCCGUCUUAUAGAGUAGAUCUUCCUCAGCUAAUUUCAAGUUCCAUAUCAUUCUUAAUAUUUUUACUCGGAUUAAGAACCCAUUCUGGAAUUUCAAAAUUGAUUAAAACCCCUUCACGAAGCACCUCUCAAAACCAAGGAAAAUUAAAAUAUUUCCAAGAUUUAAACAUUUGGUUAAUAAUGUCCUUAUUUCUUUGGUCAAUUAGCUACCUUCUCUUAGUGAUCGACAGAUUGUUCAUCCCUCAACAGAAUCAAUUCCUUGUUAAUUCCCAAUUUCUAACUGAUUUCUUGUCAAUAACUGCAAAUUUCGGUAGAUUAUUUGUGUACAUUUCUUUGAUUUCAAUCAUAUAUCCUGAUUUCCCCAUUGAUGUCUCAUCUUCUCCAAAACGACAAAUUUCGAAACCCAUGAAUGUGAUCAAACAUGAAACUCCAAAUUUAGAUGAAUUAAUUUAUCAAUGUCAUACUUUGGUAGAUCAUCCAACUAAUUUUGAAAAACAUUCCACUUCAAAAUUAUCAAAGAAAGAUUCAAAAUCAAAAUCUUCUUUUACUAAAUCUCCAAAUAAUGAUGAUCUUCCAAAUUCUCCUUUAAGUCAAACAAGUUUAAUAGGCGAAGCAUUACAUCAACAAAUCGUGGUUGAAUUGACAAAAGAAAGAAUUGUGGAACCUGCUUAUAUGCAUGCUUAUAUAAAUCCUCACGUCUCUCAUAGAAAUAAUUUAAAAUCUCCUACUCCAAGUGACAGACCUCUUAGUCAUGCAUCAGAUUUAUUAGCUCCAUUACCAAGUCCAAAUUCGGAUUUUGCUACUGCUGAUAAUAAUAGGAGUAUUAUUAAUGGUAGAACUUUGUUUUUUCAAAAUAAUAAUCCAAAAAUAGCCCCAGAUAAUGAGGAAAUAGUGAUCGGUGCUCCUUCAAAUCAAAGUUACAUGAACAGAAUAAAUCGGUAUGAUAAAGAUCAAAAUUUUGUUAGCAUUAAUGUCAUUGAACAAAAUAAUUUUAAGGAUGUUAAAGGGGAUCAAUAUAAUCAAAAAGACAGAACUGGUGUUAAUAAUAUUGUUAUAGAUACUGAUUUAAGGAACAAUAUUGGUAAACAAAUUAAUAAUGAUUUCUUGAGUCCACCAAAGAUUGAAAAGAAACGUAAAAAGGGCAAUGUUCAUAAUACUGUAAGAGAUAAUUCCACUGUUAUAUAA